AUGCCUAUAAUGACAGAUUGCAACGUCUAUUUAAUGGCCGGUGGCAUGCUGCACAUCCUGUUCGUGUGCCUUGAUGAGAUCGGCCUGGAACUUCUGGAGCUUUGUUCUGACAACUGGAACAAGCAACUUCUUAAUGUCCGAUGCAUACUCCGAGGUGACCACAAACACAUACUCAUCCUCAUCUUGAUCGUGGAAAAACUCGUCGAUCGAUAUCGUGGCGCUAAUAUCCUCUUCCUUGUCCUUCUUGGAUCCACCAACAGAGAACAGAAGCUUCAUGUCGUAAAUGCACAACGCCUUGCCCUUUCUUUGGGUGACAUCACAGUCUCCCGAGACCGUGUCGAUACUGUUGAUGACAAAUGUGAACACUUCAUUCUCGAAUUUUGUGUUGAGAAGGUUCUCAUUCAUGUAGUUCUUACUCCAUGGGAGACAGUUCUUAUCGACCCAGUGCCUGAGCAGUCAGUAUUAGUUGGAGUGAAGAAGAAUCAAAAAAUCUAG